UGCGCGUGCGCGGUGCAGAGUGGUGGGCGAGCCGCGGCGCUAGCAGUUCAGCGUCGACGUAAGGCACGAGAACCAACUGGCCGACGCUGGGACGGAUGCAGGCCGUCGGCUGCGACCCAGGCCUGGGUCAGUGAGGAGCGCUCCGUCCCACUCGGCCGGUUCCGCUUUUCUCAGACGCUGCGCUAGUUUGGAACCGGCCGGUGUGCGAGUCGAGGCCCAGGCUGGGUGUGAGCUCCUACACUGCGCCUCGCUGGCUGAGGUGAAGGACAGCCCGCUUUGACCACAGAACCCCAAGGAUUAAGGGAUAUAAAAGGUGUUUUUAAAUGAUUUGAUUUGUGAGGCAUAGUCAGGACCAGAUGAGACCCCGUCAGUUGUUACAUAGGACUAUUAAAACUUGAAUGUUGUCCCCAGAACAUUCAGGUUAAUAUCUUUGACAUAAUUAAACUGCUUGGUAAAUAAAUUGUAAUUAGUGUGGUUGGGGACCAGUGAGUCUCUAAUGACACAAAAAGUGGACUGGCACUUGAUCUCAAAAGAGGCUCUCCUGUAAUAUCGAUGUACAACUGGUUUCAUCACUAAAUUGUUGGUACUGUCGACUAAUUAAGCAACAUUUGUCGUUCCUCAACAUGAAAGAGUUAAGAAGUCUUCAUUCCUUUCCUGCAUAUCAGAGCAGUUUCCCUGCAUAGAGAACUGGAGUAAUGCUUACAAACAACUGGCAAAUUGAAGAUUGCAGUGGUCUAAGCUCUGUGUUGAAGUAACAUUAAUUGGACUGCAAGUACCAUUUUGGGGUAACCCAAGUCUGUUAGUGGAACCAUGAAAGUUCUGUUGGUGUUUGACUUUGACAAUACAAUCAUAGAUGACAACAGUGACACCUGGAUUGUACAGUGCGCUCCAGACAAAAAGCUUCCCAUUGAGCUACAAGAUUCUUAUCAAAAGGGGCUUUGGACAGAAUUUAUGGGCAGAGUCUUUAAGUAUUUGAGAGAUGAGGGGGUAAAAGAAGAUGAACUGAAGAGGGCAGUGACGUCACUGCCCUUCACCUCAGGGAUGAUAGAACUUCUCAGCUUUCUGAGGAUGAAUAAGGACAGAUUUGACUGUAUCAUCAUUUCUGAUUCAAAUUCCAUCUUCAUAGAUUGGGUUUUAGAAGCUGCUGCUUUUCGUGAUGUCUUUGAUAACGUGUUUACCAAUCCAGCAUCUUUUGAUAGCAAUGGUCGUCUCACAGUGAAAAAUUGCCAUAGUCAUUCUUGCACUAGGUGCCCAAAGAAUCUUUGCAAAAAUACAGUUUUGGGAGAAUUUAUAGAUAAACAGUUAAAAAGGGGAGCAAGAUAUACACGGAUUGUUUAUAUAGGCGAUGGUGGAAAUGAUGUCUGUCCAGUAACUUUUUUAAAGAAAAAUGAUGUUGCCAUGCCACGGGAAGGAUAUACUUUACAUAGAACUCUUGCCAAAAUGUCUCAAAACCUUGAGCCUGUGGAGUCAUCUCUUGUAGUUUGGUCUUCAGGUGUUGAAAUAAUUUCUCAUUUACAAUGUCUAAUGAAGAUGUGAUGUGCCAACCAUCGAAAUGUGUAUGUUAAGGUCGGGCUCAGCAACAUAAAACUCAGUUCCCAAUAUUAGUACCUUUAAGGAUGUGAGAGGUUUUCCUUUAAAAGAAUUCUGGUGGGAUGUCAAGGCCACCUCAUUGCUCAGCCAACCUCAGCUUUUGGUUCUAACCCAUGGUUUGAGAUUGAUAUCGAAGCUUCAGUCCUCACAACAAACAGUGUGACCAGCAAGAACCAGGGCAGUAGGAGUUUACCCUUUGUUCAAGAAUAUUUUCCAAUUGUAUCAAACAGUUCUUUUUGAAUACCACUAUCCAAAACCUGGUCAGAGCCUUCCCCAACUGCAAAGAUGGGAAAUAUAGCUUUCAUUCUAGGUGGUCACGUGUCUGGGAAAAAGUGGAAAAACAAUACAUAAUUGAGGUAUGUGGAACUCAUAGUCUAUACUAAGGAUGGUUAAUAGAUUCUGGUUUUUUUUUUUUUAAUUUCUGAAGAAAGUAGCUUUAUUUUACUCUUAUUUUUAAAAUAUAUGCAAUAGUUACAAAUGUUGAAAGUAGCUGAUGGGCUCUCUUCCCCUGCUGUCAGCAAGUCAUACAGACAGUCAAGUGUGUUCAAGACUCAGCUUCUCCCACAGCCUGCUACUAUGGCCAAGGAAGGCAUUAUUGCUGGAGGUGUGAUGGAUGCUAAUACUGCCUAACAGGAGCACUGAGGACUGCCUUCAUCCCAGAGGGCCCAGCAUGAGCAUCAUGCAAAGCUGCCAAAGCCUUAGGCAUGGGCGUGACUGAACCCAAUUGUGAUGAGCCUGUGUGUGUCAGGUUGGUGGAGGAGCUUUGUGCUGAGCGUGAGGAUCAACCUAAUUAGGCUUCUGGGAAAACAUGAGCGGGAACCCUAUAAAAGUGGUUGUGGUGUGUUAAGGGUGCUAAUUGAAGACUACUUCAAGUGCAAGAAAUAAAACUGGCUUUAUUUUCUCCACAACAACAAAAGCCCGAUACUUGAUUCACAUAAGAAUAAAAGCUCUCAAAUGUA